AUGGCUGACAAAUUCGUCGGAAAGUGGAAACUUACUGACUCCGACAAUUUUAAUGACUACCUCAAAGAGGUUGGCGUUGGAAUGGUCGUUCGUGCCACUGCUGCCGCUGUGAAACCCGUUCUCGAGUUUGUAGUUGAUGGUGACAACUGGAAGAUGACUUCCACCUCAACUUUCGCUAAUUGGGUUUGCGACUUCAAAAUUGGAGAAUCGAAGGAGCAGAAGACCGCUGAUGGGCGCACAUUGAUGAGCACCUUUACUUUUACUGAUGGGAAGCUCGUUGAAGAGCAGAAGAAGAUCAGUGAAAAGGACAAGGACAGCCACAUUGAGCGCUACGUUGAUGGAGAUGGCAAAAUGGUCAUUACAUGCGAGAGCGGCGGGGUCAAGGCGGUUCGCAAGUACGAGAAGAUGUGA